AUGAUGGGAGGCGUGAAAAGGAAACGCAGGGAUUUGGAGGAUGGGCAAGAGAAGUGCUGCUGGGACCCUGAAGGCCUGCAGAGCUAUCAGCAAGCCCUUCUCCAGAUCUCCCUAGAUAAAGUCCAGCACAGCCUGGGCCUGCAUGCACCCAGCCUUCGGCGUCAAGUCCUCAUUCACAACACCCUGCAGCAGCUCCGGGCCUCUAUUCGCCUAGCUCCUGCCCCUGCCCUGCCCCCAGAGCCCCUCUUCCUGGGCGAGGAGGACUUCUCCCUCUCAGCUACUAUUGGCUCUAUCCUCAGGAAACUGGAGACUUCCAUGGAUGAGGUCGAGCACCCUCCAAGUCCAGUGGUUCCCCCACAUUCCCAGGCUGAAGCACUGUUCCAGCCUGAAACAGUCUUCCUAGAAUCUCUGCAUUCCCAGUACCUGGAUGGCUGUGGCGUGGAUGACUUCUUUCUCGACAUUGACACAUCAGCCGUAGAGAAAGAGCCAGUGCUGGACACCCCAGAGCCCCCUCACAACCUCUUCUGCACCCCAGGGUCUUGGGAAUGGAAUGAACUAGAUCAUAUCAUGGAGAUUAUUCUCAGAACCUAA